AUUUGCAUGGAACCUGCAGAAUUAUAUUGCUAGUCUAGGAAGUAUUUCAAUCAGACAAAUUACUGGAUUCCGAUUCUGUUCUGCACGUUCUGCAUCAAGCUUAAUCGGCAAUAAAUUUUCGCGUAAAGAACAUCAUGAGUAGCAGCUACUAUUUCGCUAUCGUUGGUCACAAUGAUAAUCCGAUCUUUGAAAUGGAAUUCAUUAACGCCAAUAAGGAAGCAAAGAAAGAGGACCAUCGACAUCUGAACCAGUUCAUAGCCCAUGCUGCUCUUGAUCUGAUCGAUGAGCAUAAAUGGAAAACGAACAACACCUUCUUAAAAUCUAUCGACAAGUUUAACCAAUGGUUCGUAUCAGGAUUUGUAACUGCAUCCCAUUUACGCUUCGUCAUGGUGCAUGAUAAUCGAAAUGAUGAAGGUAUUAAAAGUUUCUUCAAUGAAAUGUACGAGACCUACAUCAAACAUUUGAUGAAUCCUUUCUACACUCCAAAUACUCCGAUCAAGUCUGCUAAUUUCGAAAAAAAGGCUCAGUUGUAUGGAAGAAAGUUUCUUGGCUCAUAAAAUUAAGCUCCGUUUCCAUUUAUCGCGGUUUGUUUGAUGUCGUUCUUA